AAACAUGUACCAUAUUUUUUGAAUAAUAUAUAUGUGAUUACUUUUUAUGGAUCAUCUUUUUGAUGUAUAAUCUGUUUUUGAAAUCACUUAAAUUUUAGGUAUUUUCGUUAAAAUCUAGAUAUCGUAUUAAUUCCAAAUUUUCAGUUAUUGUAAAAGUAAUUUUAAUCAUAUAAACUAAAAUUUUUUUCAUUAAAUUAAUACUAUUAUUUUUUUAUAUUUAAUUGGAUCGAAGAGGAUAAGAAAUUUAAUUGAAUUUCUAUUAUAUGAUAUAUCCGAAAGAGGAAGAGAAAGACCCAAAAGUCUUUGCACAAUUUAUUAAAUAUAUAAUUAUUCAUACGAUAUUUUAUUUAAUUAGAAUAAAACAUAGAAACGGCUGAUAUUAAUUCGUUAAAAUGAGACCAAUUAUAAAAGAACAUCCCUCUUUCCGUCUAUUUAAUUUUGAAGCUAUUGGUUGUAACGUCAGUUUUUGGGAGUUGGGUUUGUUGUACAGUCUAUCCUCUCUUCUUUUCUCUCUCUCCUCGCUUGCUCAAAUGGCCGGCCUGAGAUGGAGAGAGUGGUGGAACACGAUGGCUUUCCCUACCCGGCGAAUCUGGAAUCGUUUUACCGUUCGCGUCGGAUUACGCCACAGUGGACUCUUGAGGUUACAAAACGACGUGAGUUCUUGCGAGUACGAAGACGUACACAUCAUGUGGAAUCUGUUACACAAGAUUGAAGAUCCGACACCAACACCAACACGUGUUGCACGAAUCAAACAAAGGAAGAAAGCUUGUUGGAAUCUCUUCGGUUCAUAUCUUUGCCAAAGAUUCUGAUUAUACAAUAUAUAUAACCUAAAAACUUUCCAAAACCAUACUUGUAAUUUGUGAGAGCCUUGACGGGUCCCCUGCAAGUUGGUGAGGUUAUCGACAAAUUUCGCAAAAGAAUAAACUCCGAGGUUGUACAGUUUUAGCUGUUAUAUUUACAUGGCAUGCCUCUCUGUAAGUUAUCUAAAUAUCUAUAAGUGUCAUCAUCACAUGAGUGUUGUUGUAUGUAUGAUAGAAAUGCUUCUCAUAGUCUAAUAUUACUAUGUUCAUCAAUAAGUUUUUUUUUCUUCUGA